UGUGAGGGCGUUUGCCUAAUGAGUGAAACGCACAUGUUCAUAUUGUCAACAUUCAGGCAGCUGCUUACUGUAGUGUACUGUCGUAGUCUCGAUGAGAAAACUUCAAGCCGAAAGAGUAGAGUUUUUCUGCUCAAUGAGCGUGAGACUUAUAGUUAUUGGAUAGUUUCGGCCUUACUUUCAUGCUUAGAAAUGCCUCUCAGAAAUAAAAGUUAAGUGGAUGGUUUAUAUUUCCGUUGUGAACUUAAAGUAUGCGAUUGUCAAAACAUUAGACAAAUGUAAACAUGGCGGCAGACUGUGUGGAGCUGUGUUUAUGUUCACAUAGUGUGGAUAUGCGAGGGUCUUGAGAGAGAAUAACGAGUACAAAAUGCGAGUUCUAAACUCAGCCUGGAUGCUGGGCAAGAAAUGAAUGUCUUUCGAGCCCUCAUUCCUUGUGCGUUGCAGCGUAGUUGCUGGGCGGGAGAUGAUCGCAUGACUGGUAGAAUGGGAGCAUCUGCCUCCAACCUGGCAGCAGAGUCUCAGGGCCAAGUUGGUGCUAUGACUCAAACUGCCAGAUAUUCGCCUGCUUUUCAACCUGUUGUUGCACCUUCAGGAACAAGUGAACAACUGUCAGUGGCUGUAAGGGAGAGGAAGAAAAAAGCAACUGGGUUUGCAACACUCAGAAAAAGAUUUAUUCGUCGUCGUCGGUCAUCAAAGGCGUGUGAUCACGGGCGUGUAUUACGUGAGCUGGUUGCUGAAUGGGGACCUAUGGAAGUUGGAGCUUUAUUGGAAGAAUACGAGGCAUUGGCAGCCUUGAAGGACCUAUCAGUGCAAGCAGAGUUGGCAAGACCACCAGCCGCUACUUACAAACAAGAUCUGUCAACGUUAUACGAUUUUAAAUAUUGUACAGAUGCAGAUUUGGUGUUCAGAGGGUUGUGCUUCCCAGUGCAUCGUGCUUUGCUGUCUGCGAGGUGUCCGUAUUUCAGAGACUUGCUUGCUGGCUGUCCAGGAUAUGGAGCACGCAUUUGCCUUGAGCUUAGGACUCCUGGAGUUGAUGUUCAGAUGUUUUCUGCUUUAUUACGAUAUUUAUACACAGGUGACAUCUGUCCUCAUGAUGGUAGUUUGGAUGUUGGUUUGUUACAGAGGCUUGGUGAGGAAUUUGGUAUGCCAAAUCCUCUUGAUCAUGACUUGCGAUAUCUGUUAGAAACGGGUGAUUAUGCUGAUGCUGCUUUGGUUUUUACUUCUGACGGGGAUUAUCAGAGGCCAGACUCAGGAAGUUCUGAAUAUGGCUUUCGGCCAAAACUAGAACUUCCUUGUCAUAAGGCAAUUCUGAGUGCAAGAUCUCCCUUUUUCCGCAAUUUGAUACAGCGUCGUACCCGCUCUGGAGAGGAGCAUACAGAAAGAGCUCUUCAUAUACCAACAAGAAUAGUGUUGGAUGAAAGUGUAAUACCAAAACGUUAUGCUCGUGUGCUGUUACAUGCUGUUUAUUUGGAUACUGUGGACCUUUCAUUAAUACUAAGAGGCAGUGGUUGUGGAAGCAGUGCAGGAAGUUUGGGAGAGGUGCAAGCCCUGACAAAUACUGGUAGAACACGUCCAAGUCCUUUGGAAGAAGCAAUGGAACUUUAUCAGAUUGGCAGAUUCUUGGAACUGGAUAUACUUUCUCAGGGUUGUGAAGAUUUAAUUUUAGAGUGGCUGACUUUGGAAUCACUACCAACAGUAUUGAGAUGGGGAAGCCAACCUCAUGGUUCAGCUUGGGUACACCGUCAGGCUCUUCACUUUUUACGAGAGGAGUUUCAGACAGUGGCACAGUCACCUGUAUUACACCAGCUUGAUAAAUCUCACUUGAUUGAUGCUCUGCACAGUCACUUCUUGCAGGCAAGUGAACUGGAAGUUCUGCAGGCUGUCUUGAAAUGGGGAGAACACGAACUAAUUCGCCGAAUGGAAGAUCGAGAGCCUAAUCUUCUUAGCCAUACAGCCCAUUCAGUGUCAAGGAAGGGUGUAAAGAAACGCGACCUGAGUGAUGUUGAACUUAGAGAAAUUUUGUCAGAUUUGUUGCCACUGGUACGUAUGGACCAUGUACUGCCUCCAAGUAGUGAAGUACUUAGCCAAGCAAUCAGACGGGGCCUUGUAAGCACGCCACCCAGUCACAUGAUAGGAGAUGAAAGAGAGAACUUGCGCCUAAACGCAUGGAUACGAUGUGGGAAGAAUAAUGGACUUUUUGUUCGGCCUCGUCUGUUCAUGCCAUAUUAUGAAGAAAUAAAGGCACAGCUUGAUGAUCAUAUGCUACAGGAGGUAGAAUUACUUCGAAUACGAAGAGCUCGAUAUGCCCCUGACAUUCCUGAUACGCUGUACAUGGUGGAGGAGAAACCUCGACCAAUGGGUGCAGCUGGUGUUGAUGUUCUAGCUGCAGCACUUCCAGAUGCUGCCACCAUGACAGCUAUGUUAAAAAGGGAGCAGAAGUUAAGACAGUCUCCAAGCUGCCAAAGAGCCAUUGCCUUGCCAUUAUCUAAUCGCCAAGAAAUCAAUAAACAAUUAAGACUUCGUGUUGUAAGAGAGUUCAACUUGCCAGAUGCUGUCUCUGAUUUGCUAGAGACAGCAGCUUGUUAUUGUGCUCAGGAAGAAGAGGAAGAUGUUGCUAUGGACGGAGAACCAGUUAAGGCACCUGUUGGAAAUAAACAGCCAGUAUGCUCUCCUGGGAUACCACCAAAUUUUGGCCGGAAUAUGACCUUCCCACGUGGUCACACAAGUUAUUCACAGCGCCACGAGUUGCCAGCCAUUGUCACGGAGGGUGAUGCUUAUAGGAGUCACGGAGAGCCUGAAAGCAGUUCAUGCAGCGAUGGGCACUUAUCGGACAUAAUGCCAGAUGUGGCAAUGGCAACAGCGUCCUUUGGCCAACUGCAGUUACAAGACGGUCAGGAAUUGGAGCUUGACCUCGGUGAUGGAGCAAGCCAUUUGGGAUUUGGAGGCCUCAGCACUGUAUCAGCUAGGGGUCCGAGCUCUCGUGCUGCAUCUCACAGUGCUGCACCCUACCAUCGCUACCUGUCUGCUGUCGGUCCCAGCCCUCCCCCUCCAUAUCGUCCAUCACCGUCUCUUGGACAUGGACACUCUACAUACCAUUCAGGUCCACCACGCUUCAUAUAGUCCACUGGUAUUCCCUCUUUUAUCAAAGAGGAGUGCCCAAGCUCAUGGGUGCAAAACUUCUUCUGGUGUUACAGCAGGAUCUGAAUUUCACUGGGAAUGUGUGUUGUUAUGUUCAGACAGCUUCAGUGAUGAUGCAUGUAUUGUAUAACAUGCAAGUAGUAAUUUGUAUGUAUAGAUAGCCACUGCUGGAAUCUGGUAGCAAGUUUCUUUUGUGACAUUUGUAUAAAGUUUAUUGAUAUAACGCUAUUUUAAUGUGAUAGUAACACAUGUGAAAGUGUUAGAGCUGUGUUAUAUGUUCAUUUGCGAAAUGAAAUGGAAGAUUGUAAAUAUUGUUUCCUUUUUUCAUUUUCAUUACUUUGUUAUUGUUACUGUUACUUUUCUCUCUGUUUUUCUUUUUUUUUCUUUUUUUAAAAGUAAUAGUUCUGUGAAGCAGAGACUGAGAAAGCACAAGCAUUGGUCAGUGAGUAAUCCUCUGGUGCAGAAUUGCUGGUAGAAAUACUAAUGUCACUUGUAUGUGCUUUGUUCAUUUUCUGCUGACACAAAUUCAAAUCACUCUCUAUUUGCUAUCUGCAUUGAAAUAAUGGCACUGCCAUAAGUACCAGAAAAUUACUCGUAUCUUAAUCAAAAAUAUUGUUUGAGAAUCUGAUACCAAGCUUUUGGGAAACUAAGUUACUUAUAGACGAUGGGUUUUGUAGAAUCUGCUGUUACUGUUGUGAUUUAAAAAUGAAGCCACAAAAUUAUAUUUAUUAGUUUUUUUAGAAGGGGAAACAGCUGAAGCUAUCCACUCUAAAGUUGUUGUUAAUAACUUAUGGAAUGGGUGCCAGUUACGAGGUGUAGUCAUGGAAUGGGCAUCUCAUGAUGCAGUGCCAUAAAACUCUGUGUUAAACAUUUGUGGAAACCAGCACUGCUAGCCACUCACUCCUUGCUUAGUCAUCACUUAUGAUGUGUACUCUGGUCAGAAUUCUUUACCGACACCCUAGAGAUAUAUUAAUGCCCACUCUCAAGGUUUGAGCAUGUUGUACUUACUGUGUGUGUCACGAGCUUCUACAUUCCUUUAUAGCAAAUAAAUUGUGCUUAAAUUUAAAGACAGUGUAUCUGUUACGUAUGUUUCUUUGCAAAAUGUGCAUUCAGCUUCCUAGAACAUGUGACUGUAGUAUGUCGGGACUAGUGGUCUACUGGUGAAGCACAAGCCUGGAAACCAAAAGGUGGUGGGAUUGAAUCUCUGUCGGACCUUGAAUUUUUUCAGUGUGCCUUUAACCCACCCUUCACCUCUGAUAUUAAGAUUCGGCAGCAACAACACAUGGUUCAGAUUCCACAUUAAACUGUGCGACAUGUUUUCUUGGUAGAUUUACUGGAGUAGGUAGAGACAUGCAAGUUGUCAAAAUGGUGUCCAAUUGAGAAGUGUGCGCCAAGUUCUUGAGCAACAGGGAAAUAUUAUUUAUUAUUACUGUAAUAUUAUUUCUUUGCAAAUGUUAGCAGCCAUGGUGUCUUUUCAAGGGCUCUGAUAAUCUCUUGUCAGAUCAGUGUUGUCUGUUACAAUGAGCUUGUCUGUUAUGUUGGUAAGACCUUCAUUCUGCCCCAGUUUUUUAAAAAUAAUAAUUGCAAAUUUUUGUAAUGGUGAGGGUAACUGUUCUGAUUUUUGUUUCAAUUUUUGUUGCAUAGAACAGAAAUGAAGACCAUUAUUGCAAUUUAAUCAUGAGAAAAUAAUGGCUAUAUUCAGAUAUUUGCAGUUCAUUUUAGUGUAUUUUUUGCAGAUUGAUCUAAUAACAUCAUUUAAAAUUGUGUGACAGUACCAAUUGCAUACUAUGAAAAUUAUUUCCCAUUGUGUAUCUGUUAGAACUGUUAUUUAUUGUUCUGAGAUCAUUUUCAUGAAAAAGAAUUACUAAUGAACAUUUUACUUCACAUUUGUUGGUCGGUGACUAAGAAAAGCGAAUUUUGUGGUAUUUUCUUCAUGUUGCUGGACAUCAUUAUGUGCUAAUUUAUGCACUCCAUAAUUCAUAGGAUGUGAAACUGAAUAUGAGAGAAAAAAUGGAAAUGUCACAAAUACUAAACUAUUGCAUUCUUUGUUUAGUUAUUAUUUUAUAUUUAAUUGUAAACUAUAGCAGUAUUAACAGAAAUUUUUAAGAUCUACUGUGGAAUGUUCUGUUGAUAGCUGACUGUUUUUUGUAGGUGAUGUUCAUGAGAGGCAGACAUUAAAAUGCCAUUUCACAAAUAAAUUUUCAACUUGUCAUUGUGCUGUCAGAAAACAUAAAAAACAAAAUCAUUGCAUUAAUGACAUUCAGAUUAUUAACUCAUUGCUCCAAAAUGCAGGAAACGCUUGGCAACAGCGUGUGAUUGUGACAUUAUCUUCACUUUCUUUUUGUCUCAUUGAAUCACACACAAACAGUAUUGGGCCAUUGAAAAUAUGACAAGUGAAUGUACAACUGGAAAUUUUGUACGUCAAGAAUCACUUGACAACUAAACAAAAUUUUCAAAGGAACUGUGAUGAGUAGGAUAUUGGGUAUUCUUAAAGUGUUGUGGAGAUCUCGUAAGCAUGGACUAUUCUUGAACAGUUACACACACUAAUUUCCUAUUUAGUCCAUACUUAUUCAUCAAUGUGGUGCCAAAUUUGGAUUUUUUACUACUUUAGUACAUUGACUAAUGUUACCGAAACUAUUAAGACAACCGUAAGCCUGGGAUUUAAAGCACAAACCACUCCUUGAUGAUCCUAGUUUGUACAUACCAUAGCUUGUGGGUUGGAUGAAAGUUUACGGUUAAUUUUGCUGUCUUGACAUUUAGUUGGAACAAGUUGAAAACCUUAUCUGUGUUGCCUCAUAAACCAGAUACCAUUGUAGUCUUUGGACAAAUAUGUAUGUUCUCAGAUGCCACAUUCCACACUGGCUCUUUCAGUGAAUAUAAACACAGCAUAAAAUGAUUCCCAUGACCUAAAACUCACAACUUGUUUGUGAUACAUUAUGGUGCAAAGUUAUAUUGUGAACUUUCUCCCAUUGCAUCAGUAUUCUCCCAAACGAAAAAAAUUACUGUGAUAAUCUCUCUAUUGUGUUAAGUUUGCUCUUGUUUGGUCUCUAACUUGAAAAAUAUCUUCUUCUCAUAUCUUUCUUAACUAAUGUAGCAGUCUUUCCCGUAUGGCAGCUGAAAAUGCAUGGCACUCAUUCUUUGAGUGAGUGAAGAAUAUACUGGCCCUUUUUUCCCAGAUGGAAUGUCUCCUCAUAUCUCCCCCCAGCUUUUAUCUUAAAAAGUACCUUCAUUCAUCCUCUAUGUACUACCUUCCCUAUUAAGAAUUACCUCUCUAACAAGAGCUGAAAAUAAUAAUCUAAUUCUGUCAUUCUUUUAAUCAGAAAUACUUGGGUUAUUGUUAUAUGCUCCAAAACUACUUGUAACUCACCAUAAAAACUGUCUUUGCUCAUAUCUAUGAGAAAGAGAGAGCAUGCGCACAUCUAUGCUGCCUUGUGAUCAACAGAUUUCUCACUAAUCAUUGUUCCAGUUUACCCCGUAGAACCAAAUAUUGCCUUUUACUGAAGUUAAGCUGACCACAUAGUUCUAAUACUGAACUAUUUACAUUACUCUUCCUACAGUCCAACUACCUACCUAUCCUAUCUUCGUACCUAACCAUCCACCCAUUAUUAUUCCUGUUUGAAUUGUAGUUUACCCACCAUCUUCUGCAGACAUUGACUUUGCUUUCCAUUCUAGUGUCACAAUAUUCCUAUUUUAAUCACAUUCCUGUGGACACAACAGUGCUACAGUGUGUGCAUGACUUCCCCCCCCCCCCCCCUCUCUCUCUCUCUCUCUCUCUCUCUCUCUCUCUCUCUCUCUCUCUCUCUCUCUCUCUCUCUCUCUCUCUCUCUGUGUGUGUGUGUGUGUGUGUGUGUGUGUGUGUGUGUGUGUGUGUGUGUGUGUGUGUAAGAUUAUAUGAAAGUACCAGUGAUCAAAAGGCUGUGUUUUACACAGCACUGUGCUUUUCUGUGGCGGUAAUAAGAAAGAUUCCAUUAAUUCCACUACUGUAGUGUUCAUGAAUUACUGUUUAACUUUUUAUUGUUAUGUCAUGACUUCUGACACCUUUGCUAGGAAGAAAAGUACUUUGAUUUGAUGGAGACACGAACUUGCUUUAGAAGAGAUUCUAAAAUAAGGGAAAGAUAUUUUUUAAAUUUUUUUUAGUGGGUGAGGAACAGAUAUACUAGUAAUUCUAAGGAAACUUUUUUUUCCCUAGAAAUGCAAUAAUUGUCUUAACUUCCUAAAUAAAUGAAUGAUAAUUUACAACUCCUCUUCUUUGUUUAACUGGAUGAGUGGCAAAUGGAGUAGUGGCUGGAAGCUGUUGGAACAUUUCAAUUUGUUCACUCAGUCUUUUACAUAUUUGAAGAUUAGAAGUAAUUAUAUUAAAUACCUGUGAAAUAUUUAUAUACAUAUUAUGAAAACUCUGUGUUGACAUAAACUAAUAGAAAAAUUCAGUGUUUGUACUGGUACCACAUUAUAUAAAUUGUAAAUUAAUUGGUGAGAGAUUGUUGUAUACUGUUUCUUAACAUACUCAAUACAGAAUCUGAUUUGUGCUGCAUAUAGCUGUAAACUUGCACAUUAGUAUUAUCUGUUUGCAGCUUCUUUAAAUUUGAAGUAAUAUCUGUACACUUAUUUUGUCUUGUUUGGAAUUUAUCACAUAUAAAGAAAUACUUGUUAAAUGUUUUCCACUUUCUCCGAAAAGAAGUUUCUAGCUGUCAAAAAUAUUCUACUGUGUGUUAUAUUGCUAUUUCUUAAGCAUUAAACAUUCUUAUAAAUUGUGGUCCUUAAAAAUUUUGUGGAAAGAAUUUAAGAAUGGAUGUCUGCAUAUGAUAUUACUAGUUCACAAGAUUUGGUUGUAUAGGUUUUUUGCAGAAUGUCAAAACUGAAAGCACCCAGCUUUUACAUUCUUUUGCUUUCAAGUAAUGCAAGCAUUGGCUAUUCUUAAGCUCAAGGUUAUUAAAAGUCUGAGAGAUUGUGAUACCAUCACAGUUUUCACUUUUUGAACAUGGGUUAAGUUGUAUUUCGUGUAGUUUUAGAAUGCUGAAUGUGGCAAAACUUCAUUUCAUCCACCUUACAAUUGGAUUUCCCUCCUCUUUCUCUCACAAACUGGUCCUUAUUUGAACAUUCCAUCUGAAAUACUUGUGAAGAUGUAGAUCUGUAAGUUUCCUACAUUCCACCUAUAACCUUAAUUGUUGUAUCAGAUGUGUUUGUUCAGAACAUGGCUGACAGGUAACAUGUGAAACUACUGUAUAGGCACAAGAUAAACAGAUACCAUUGCAGUCAUGUAUAACUGUGUUUGUAAGUAACCUUCCUCUUUAACUUUUUGCUGGUUGAGUACUGGGUAAAGUAAAUUGGGCUUCCCACAAAUACCCUUGUUAGAACUUCACUGCAUGAUUAAAUAUGUGGUGAUCUUGUCACGUAUAUAAGCUGCAAUAUUGGAAUAUGGGGAACGAGAUGAUGAUCUGCUGAGGAGAUUGUUUCAGUAUUACUUCCAUUUAGGAAGUAUGUGAAAUAAAAAUUAUUGUACUUGUAUUAAUGUAAAUAAUAUGCAAACAAAUAUAUUUGAAUCACUAAUUGUUUGUGAAGUGUUCUGACUAAAUAAUAUUCACACAGUAGUAACUGGGUCUAUUAAAGUAAUAUAUGAGAAACAUGAAUGUGUAAUGCACAGUUUUUAAUGGAAUAUGUUUUUAUGGCCCCGUUUUAUACUCAUUAAAAAAGGAUUGAGUGCAGUGUUAUGCUUGUUUUGCUUAAAGUAAAAAUGGUGCACAUCACAAAGUAUAGAAAAAAAUGUAGCAAAAAUUUCUCUAAAAUUCAUGCUCAUAAUUUCUGUUUCCAUGAAAUCUCUCAUUACACACAUUCUUAAGAUUUCUCAUUCUUUGAAUCUUAUACUUCUGUGGGAAUGGCUACAAUUAUAAAUUCUAAGCUGAUAGGGGAUCUUCCAGGAAAUAGAUUAAGUUUCUGUUUAUUUAUAUCAUGUCCAUUAUUUCCCAUAAGGUAAUAAUUAAUUACUGGAGACAUAUGUACAAAUUAUUUGUUGGGAAUUAAAAAUAUUUACAGUUUUUGUUGCAUUCAUUGUACGUGUAAUUCAGUUGCAUUUUGGCAGUAAUAUACACUUGUCAUGUAACUUCAGGUUUUUAUUAUGGUGAUGUUCAUGAUUGAUGAUUUCUCAGGUGUGCAGUCAGUUGUCACAAGAUGCUCUCACUGACUUCACAUUUAACAAUAAUCCAGCCAAUAUACUUUUGUGUGGUUUCAUAAUUAUUUGGAUUGUCUCAGUACAUAACACAUCGUAAGCCACACUUUUCACAUGACAGCUCUCUAUUUGUUUGUAAAGUGAUGCAUAAUAUACUUUUACCACUGGUGCAUAAAUUAUAAUUUGUACAUAUAAUCUAAUUUAUUUAAAAGCUUUAGGUACUGGAAAUUUCCACAAUUAUUCGUGGGUUAUAUCAGCCAUUGGUAAAUACAGUGGGUGCAUUUACAGGUAGGAAAAUGUUUCUGAAACCAGGUUAUUACUACGUGGAACUGAAGCUUAAAAGUAACUGUAUGGUGCAUGAGAGGCGAUAGUAACUUUCGUUAAUUGUUAUAUUAGUAUCAUAAACCACAUAUCACUGAUGCAUACGUGAUGGUGAAUAAGUUACAGGAGUGUAAACUCGAGUAAAUAUUUUGUUUCAUACAACCUUCCACCUUUAGGUGUAACUUUGAUUCCUGUAGAAUAUGUAGGAUACCAAGUUUUAGUCGUUAAUUGUUGUUGGUGGUGACCAGUGAUAUCUCUGUAAUAACUUAACUGAAGUGUAACAAAUGAUCAUGGAUGACUAAAUAUCAUUUUUCUUCUUGUGGUUUCAAUCUCACAAUUGUCACCCUUAACAUUGCUGGUGGUCACCAAAAGGGAUUGUUGAAAACUGACUUUAAGAAAAAGAGAGAAUAUUUUCAACCAACAGUAAACAGGCUAGGUAAAAUAAACUAUGAUCAAAAGGGGCCUAUUGUUUUAGGUGUGCCGGUAUUUACUUUUGUUUCUAAAUUUAAAAGUUGCGAUACACAGUUAAUGUGUCAUUGUAUACCUCUGUGACUUCAGUUCGUAAAAUUGGUUGUGGAGUUACAGUUCACAAUUUUAUCUGAUUUUACCACACAAAUAUAGAUAUUCUAGUAAUUUGAAUAUAGAAUAUUGAGUUAUAUUGUUAUCAGGUAGGGAAUGUUAGCUUACAUACUUAGCAGUUUUCCACUACUUUUCUUUACACUUAUGGCUCCAACCUAAUGACAUUUUACUUGCACGUAACUGCUAAAAAGAAUCAUCAGGUAGAGAAAUCAUUUUACACAGUGAUAAUCUGAAUUUGGGCUCCAGUUUUGAAGAAAUUUUUAUACUAUGAAUUUGGUACCAUAAAGCAUACCUCAGUGAACAUCAGCAAUUACCCUGUAAAGUCAGUUAUAAAAAAAUUCACUCAGUCUCAUGGAUAGUUCUUGUACUGCUAUUUGAUGUUGAGUGAAACUACACUAAAAUAGAAAGGAGAUGCAGCAACUUAUGAAUCUUUAUUGUGUAUUUGUUGCAUUCAUUUAGAUUAAUAUUGAAGGUCAUUUUAACUCUAUAAUCAGUUGAUUUAUGCACUCAACCAGCGUGAGGUGAUUUCUUUUAAAUUUUUUGUGUAUCAGUGUCAGGGCAUUUUAAUGCCAGAUACAGUGCAAAAGCAACUGAUUCUUUGAAUCCUCUGAUGCUCUGGAUAAGUAAUAGAACAAUGGAUGAAUUUUACCCUUUGAAUUUUUGUUGUUGUUGUUGUUUCAUACCCUUCUCUUGUUUUUCAAAGAAGAACUACGAUAUUUUCUUUUCUUGAGAGUAAUUCAAAGUUCAUUGUGUAACAACACUGUCAGACAAUUAAUUUAAAAUCUGACAUAUAUAUCACACUGAUGAAGUUGUAAGUGAUGUUAGAACACACUGGAUCCAUCAAAUGAUUUUUUCUUCUUUUUUAUUGUCUAGUGAGAAUAUUCCUCACUACACAAGAGUUUGAUAUCAUACCAGUGCCUACAUUUUCACAACUGAUUUAGAGAGAGAGGGAAGAGGGGCUAGACUGUGUAAACGAGGGAAGAAUUAUACGUAUUUUUUGGGUCCUCAGUUUGAAAAAUAACUUUUGUGAUUAAACAUUUGUACUGAAGUGGUAAUUAUUUUCUAAUUUUCCAAAAGCAUGACAAGGGUAGACAUUGUUAUAACUGUCACUCAUAAUGUAAUCUGUGAGGUACGUGGUAAAAUGCCUUAAUAAUAGAUGCUGUAUCAUUUAGCAUUUAUUAUUAUUAAUGCCAUUGGAAUUUAUUACUCUUCCUUGGCAUCAAUGUUUGUUGGAGUACCACAGCAGAAGGGGGUGAUAUUUGUUUAAACCAAAUGAUAUUUAAAUCAUUUCAUCAUCUCCCAAUCCUUUUAUUUUUAAAUUGUGCGGAAUUCAUAAAAACAAAAUGCACAAUUUCAUGUAGCUUUCAAAGGAGAAAUGCUUACUGUUAUCGACUUCUGUUAAAUUGCAUCUUGUAUCACAUCAUGUUCUGUGCCAUAAAAUUUUGCAUUGCAAAAUAAGUGAGAGCACUUGUUUAAUGAUACUAGUGUGGAUGUUUCUGCCAACACAGUAGCUACUAUACAGCUGUUUAUUGUAUGAUUGAUUAUAAUAUGUUGUUUAUGAAGUACAUUAACUCUACCAGCAAUCUUAUCAGUAUUUUAAUAAUUUUGGGCUCUUAUUUGGUGAUAUUCCAGUAGCUAUUGAAGUUCUAUAAUGAGCUUAAUAAUAAUAAUAAUAAUAAUAAUAAUUUAUUAUUAUUAUUAAUAUUAAUAUUAUUGUUGUUGUUGUCAUGCUUAUUGUGGACAAUGAUAUGCUAAUGUACAAUACAGACAUUGACAGAUUGUGUAAUUUAUAAAAGUCGGAGAAUUUCUGGCAGAAUUUAGCAGUAGCAGUAUCAUAAAGUCUAUUCUGGUAUCAAAUUCAGUUCAAGCAGCAAGUAUUUCCAUUUUCAACAUGAUUUCUGAUGAUAAGAUAUAAAUGUUAACAGAUGCACAAGAUGUGAUCCUUCUUUUAACAGUAUUAUGUUUUUGGUGGUUAUAAAACAAUAUUUAUCUUGGGAGUUUGACUUGCCUUUGUCAUAUGGUAGAUCAGUAUUGUGCUUUAUGGCUUUGUCAUCCAGUAGUGUUGCUUUAGCGUGAUUUGGCACUAUAAAUAAUUGUUGAUUUCUUCAUCUAUUGAUCUUGGUGUUACUAUGUUCCAUAAUUUUGCCAGAUCUUACAGUUUGAGACUGUUUGUAUAUUUUAAACCAAUUUUUGUACUUAAUAUUCAUUUCUAGAUAAGUUAGGUAUGUUGUUUUUCUUUUAUAUCUCAUUUAGGUUCUCUAUCUUGUGUUUACGAGUAGUUUCUAAACACAAAAUAUGGCUAACUGUGAUUUCCCGCUUAUCACAUUAUGAGGAUGUAAUAGGCAGAUGUGGAUAAAAUCAGCACUCUUGUUUUACUUGAUCUUUUUUUUUUUUCCAAUUCGAUCUUUUCAUGUUUAUAUUCGCUUUUCGUAAGCGGAUGUGGAGGAAGUGGGAGAUCAUUUCAGAGGUGUCCUGGUAUUGUUUUUCUUACAUAUGGAAACUUGCAUGUGCCUGCAAGUCACAGGUGUUUUGCUUUUCACGUGAAAAUGCUUAAUCCUUCUGCUCUCAUCUAAAGUUUGUAUUUCUUUCUUUAACAUAUUUUUGCCCAGAAAAGUUAGCAGAGAUAGGCACAACACUACCACAGUUACAAUUUUAUAUGAUUUUCAUCACAACUUAACAUUUUCAGAAAACUACUUGCUUUGUGAAGUAGCACAAAUUGCACUUUACUGCAUUUCUGUAAGCAUUAUAUGUGCACAGUAUCUAUAAUGACUAAAAGUGUUGCAGUUCAUAAAAAAAGAGUCUGAACCUGAUAAUCUAUGUUUGAUACUCUGUAAGAUUUCUCAUUUUUUUACUGACCUAAGUUAUUUAUGAGGAAAAUACUGGAGGAGUUAAGUGUGCAGUUUUUAUUUCUCGUUUGAAGCCAUGGUAGCAUGAAAUGAACUUUAUAGUAAUAAAAUUCUUGCUAUUAUAAUGAAAUUUAGAGAAAAAAAAAUUUUUCAUUUGUAUAUUCCUUGUCUUAUUUCUCAGCCAAGCUGCUGUGAAGCAGUAAAUGGAUUUCAUGCUCUCUUUCAAGUCAGACUGACAUUUUCAUGCUGAUAGUAUUUGUGAAAUAUGCUGAUAUGUCUAAAUGUCCAUUUUCUUUGCUUGUUCUUUAUUUUACAACUGUAUAAAUUCUGGAAUAUCAUGCGGACUUCAUACCUUGCAACUGAAAAAUACAUUUUAAAUGAUGAUGUUUUAGUUACCUUUAAGCUGCAUCAUUGUUUUGUUAUACACUUACUGGAUAUGUUUCAGAAAUGCACUGGUUUUCAACGGUCAGUUGUCUGCCCUAAAUGGAAUGCUUUUCUAAAACCUGCUAAGUAUGUGAAUACAAAAACAAUGACACAGUUUAAAGGUAACAAUGUGUCUUUUUUUUAUGUAUACGUUUUGGUUUUCAGUAUUGCCAUUAAUACGUAAAGGAACCUGCCAUUUUAUGGCAAUUUAUUUUAGUAAAUUUUGUGUAUUUAAGUUAAGAAAAGUUUUGUUGCUGAAAACAGAUAGUAGUAAAUAAAUGGAUUAUACAGUCUAAUGGUAAUUCAUUUCACUGCACUCUCUUUGUCAGCAUUUUUCUAUGCUGCUUGUGUCUUCACUGUUGUCAGUUAAUGUGUACACAGUGUAUAAUCAAGGAAUCCACUAAGUACCUGUUUUAGGAUGAAAUGGUAAUGUUGUUGAACUAAGUUAAAACUAUUGGAGUGCAUUAGUUUUGGAUACACUGUGAUGAUGUAAGCUUUAUUGUUGUUUGUUCUAUUUCGAAAAUGAUCAGGCUGGAAAUGGAGGACUUAAGAUGUCAUAUUGUUUAAAGCAUUAUUAAUUUGAUAUCAUAUAUAAAAAGCAUCAUAAAAUUAACAGGAUCAUUCCAUUGAAAUAGUUUUAAAAUGGACAUGACGAAAUUUCAUAUUCUUUGUUGUAUUUGAGUAGUACAAAUGCUGAAAUUGUGAAAAUAAUGAACUUAUAUAUUUGUGACUGCUUUGUCACUUAAAUGUUAAAGCGUAGCCUUUGAAUAUGUGUUGUUGUAAUAAAAUUUCUCUUUGAACCAAA